AUGGAGGAGUGCGCGCAGUGCGGGGAGCGCGCCGUGGAUUACGAUGACCAGGCGUUAGCACUAGUGUGCGCGCGAUGCGGCCACGUGUCGGACGAGUCGCAGCUUACGUCGCGCGUAGAGUUCGACGAACUUGGCCGGGCGGGCGGCGUGCGCGUUGGCGGCGGGGGAGGCGCGGGGGAUGGCGGAGAGCCCCGCUCGUGGAUGUGGACGGCGGGGGCGGGCGGGGGGCGAUUUGGCGGAGGGUGGGGGGAUGGGGCGGCGGAGACGAAGUGGGGAGGCGGAGGAAAGUCAGCGGAGUUUAAGAGGCGGAAGAAUAAGCGCGAGUGGGAGGAGCGGGUGGGCGCGGUGGUGGCGGGGCUGCGCGUGCCGGAGGGCGUGCGGGGGGACGCGGUGGGGGUGGCGGAGCGCGUGCUGGAGGGGAGGUGGGGCUCGGGGCAGUGGAUGGGGGUGCUCAUGGCGGCUGCGGUGUACAUCGCUGUGCGCAACAGACGCCUGCCCGUGUCCAUGGGGGAAGUGGCGGUGAGUGCCGAGGGGGAUGUGGGCAUGGGGGAGGUCGCGCACGCCACGGAGUGCGAGCUGGCAGCGGUGUGGGCCAUGUUCAAGCGCAUCAUGGCUUACUUCCCCAUGCUGCAGGUACCUCCUAGUAUUCCUGUGCCGUUCUUUGUUCGCCUGCGUCUGUUUGAUGGUGUCUACGACAAUCCUUUGACGCGUUAUUCCGCCGGAGCAGGUGGAUCCGGUCAGCCAUGUGUGGAGGGCGGUGCAUGCCAUGCCUGCACUCAGGGACUGGCAGGGCGAGGGUGGAAGGCAGGCGAUAGUGGGGGACGCCAUGAGGCUGCUCACCUUCGCUCACUCCCUCUCCCUGCACACCGGCCGCCAUGCCGCCCCGAUAGCAGCGGCGGCGCUGCUGCUGGUGGCGGGGGCGAGGGGGGUGGUACUGGGAGAAGCGGAGCUGUGCGCAGCCAUGGCAGUCCCACCAGCCACAGUGAGGCAGCGCUUCUCAGAGCUCACGCGCGCCCUCACGCGCCUUGCACGCUCGCUGCUGCUCCCUGGCGCCAACCACGUGUCCUCCCAGGCGGCCUUCCACCGCCUCCUGCCCUCCAUCCUUGCGCCGCACAGAUUCUCCUUGCUCCAUUCCUAAUCACACCUCGCCCCCCCUCCCAGCUGCUGCCGUCGCCGUCUCGAGUGGGCCAUCGCUUUGUGAUGCCAUCUGCUGACGUGGACAGGCAUGCUGAUGUGGCGGAUCAAGCUGGUGAUGUGGCAGAUCAAGCUGCUGAUGUGGCGGAUCAAGCUGCUGAUGUGGCGGAUCAAACUGCUGAUGUGGCGGAUCAAGCUGCUGAUGUGGCUACCCCGAGUGGUGGAUCUCCAAGAGGUGAAAGAGGAGGGGCAGAGCAGGCAAGGAAGGCAGGUGGUGUAAAAAGCGGAGGCGGGACGGGGGAAGGCGAGGGUCCAGGCGGAGAGCAAGGAGAGGAACGAGGAGACAGAGGGGGAGAUGGAGGAGAGGAGGGUGCAUUGGAGGGGGGCGAGGGGCGGUGCUCCAAUGAGCUGCUGCCACCUGCAUUUGAAGACAGCGUGCUGGCUCAUCAACGGCGCACUGGGCUGCUCAACCACGCCCGCCACCGCCUGCAGCACACCAAGCGCGACCGCUGGGGGCGUGCUGGGAGGGGAGGGGCAGGGGAAGGGUUGGCGGAGGGAGGAGCAGGGGAGGGCAGCAAGGUUGGGGGCGAAGGGGACGAGGGCGAGGAGGAGGGUAGAGGGGUGGAGAGGGGUUGUGAUGGGUCGAGAAUGGAGGUGCUGUGGCGGUGGGAGGGGGUGUGUGUGGAUGAUAAGGGGGGUGAGGGGGGAGGGAAGAGGGUGAAGAGAAGCAUAAGGUGCUUCGACGAGGGAGGUGGUGUGGGGGGAAAGAGGCCGGAAGGGCGAGGGAGUGGCAACGAGGAGGCUGUUGUGGACUGGCUGCUGCUGCAACAGGUGAGAAGCAUGAGGUGCUUUGACGAGGGUGGUGAUGAGGGGACACAGAGGCAGCACGGGCGAGGGAGUGGCAACGAGGAGGCUGUUGUGGACUGGCUGCUGCUGCAGCAGGUGGAGUGGUGGUCGACUUUUUCUCGCAAUUCCGUUGAAAUUGCUGCUGUUCUUUCUCCAGGCCUGGCGGACCCAGGGGCAACAGCAUCAGGAUGGUACCGCUCUGCUGCUUCCACCGUCAUGGAUCGCCAUAUCACUCUCGCCUCAAGCGCUGCCCUCCCCUCAAGUGCUGCCCUCCCCUCAAGCAGUGCUCUCCCCUCAAGUGCUGCCCUCCCCUCAAGCAGUGCUCUCCCCAUGGAACAACGACUUGACACGGUCCUUGCUGCGCUUCUCCCCCUGCAUGCUGCUCUCCCUUGA